GUAGACUAGAUCAGUGACGUGAUUGUUUACUACGGUGGCAACGCCUCGCCAGUUGCUCUCUUCAGAACCCGAGUUUCUUGUACAUUGUGCAACUAUGCCGACGUGACCGAAGCUGUUGGUAGACGAAAGAGUGCUUAAUUCAGUGGUAUAUAACACGUAUACUGCUAAGAUUAAAUCGCUAAUAAAAUUGAAAAGUCCGGUGUAUUGUGUUAAGUUAAACUCAUAAAGAUAUUGUGACAACACUUAUUAAUAUUGACUUUGUUCAUUGUAUUAUGGGAUUAAACAGAUAUUUAAAAAUCUUUGUGGAGAUUUUGUUAAAUUCUAAGUUAUGUUCUCAACCAUAGCAUAUAAGCUAUCAACAACUUUCUUGGAAGAACAAAAGCGCAACGCGUCAAGCAUGUCGAAGAAGCCGGCGGCGGCGCCGACGUUGCACAAGGUGAUAAUGGUGGGAUCCGGUGGAGUGGGAAAGUCUGCGCUCACGCUGCAGUUCAUGUACGACGAGUUCGUCGAAGACUACGAGCCCACCAAGGCCGACAGCUACAGGAAAAAGGUGGUGCUGGACGGCGAGGAGGUCCAGAUCGACAUUCUGGACACGGCAGGGCAGGAGGACUACGCCGCCAUCCGCGAUAACUACUUCCGCUCGGGCGAAGGCUUCCUGUGCGUCUUCUCCAUCACGGAGCCCGAGAGUUUCGACGCGACGCAGGAGUUUCGCGAGCAAAUCCUGCGCGUGAAGAACGACGACAACAUCCCCUUCCUGCUGGUCGGCAACAAGUCGGACCUCGCCGACAAGCGCCGAGUGCCGCUCGACGCCUGCCGGGAGCGCGCCGCCGCGUGGCACGUGCCCUACGUCGAGACCUCGGCCAAGACGCGCGACAACGUCGACAAGGUGUUCUUCGACCUGAUGCGGGAGAUCCGGUCGCGCAAGUCGGACGACGGCCGCGCCACCAACGGCGACGUGCGCGGCAAGAAGCGCAGGAAAAUCAAGUGCGCCAUCUUGUAGGCGCCGCCGUCGCCCUCCGCCCUCCGCCCCUCGAGAAGACCCGCUCCCGAGUCGCUAUCGUGUUUGUCGCUCGCGCUAACUGUAACGGUGUGAAUCGUCCCCGAACUGUCGCGGUUCGGCUUCGAGUGCUCGUCGGCGUCUGUGUUGACUUUAUGUAAUGCACCGCAAACUUAUUUUUAUUAUUAAUCAAUGUUGUCGUACUCCGUGAGAAAUGUAAUAUUUAGUCGUCGCUUCGGACGAAAGGCGCACGCGCACGUGUGCUCUCUUCCGCUUCGGCUCUUCGCGUCGGCUGCCGUCGACCGAAGGCCGCGAAGACGAUCUGCUCGAAUGGACCCGACCGCCGCCAGAAGUUAUUUAUUGCUGCCGACGGAAGCGGCGCGCGGCUCACGUAUCAUAAGAUAGUUUUUAUAACGUCUAGAGUUAAGUGAUAAGUUAUUGAUGUUUACGCGAUGUAUAUUAGAGCGAUACGUUUUGUGAUGAAUAAAAUAAAAAAUAUAUCGAUUUGCAAAACC